AUGGGAGCGGAGCGGAAUUCUAGCGGCGGCACGCAGCAGAAGAGCCAAUUUCAUGACAAGGGAGAUCUCUACGGCGUAUGGAUACACAGUACCGGUAAUCGACAAAAUUUGCGACCUCUGUGCUGGGUUUUUUGUCUUUCUCUUCCCGCCGUUGGACACGAGGGAGGAAAAUGCCUGCAAGCGGUGGGCUGUGAACGGACCCGUCUCCACGAACUCAAGAAGGACAAGACGGCUCUGUCGGAUGUCGCGGAUGCAGACCACUCCACCAUGUUGCCCGAUCCCCUGUCUGAUUGGCCGGCUGUCAGCUUACGGUGUCGUGUGCCUCGUCGCAUGCCCUCCGUCAUCUUCGAUCCCUCCCCGACGCCCACCUUCCCCCUUAGCGGACGCGCGCCUGAUUGA